AUGAGUUCAAAUCUUGCUGCUUCCACAUCUUCUGGACCAUCAACUCAAGUUGAUCUAUCAAAACACCCUUCUGGUAUUGUACCUGUAUUACAGAAUAUUGUGUCAACCGUUAAUAUGGGUACUCAGUUGGAUCUAAAGACUAUUGCUUUGGGUGCUAGAAAUGCAGAGUACAAUCCAAAGCGUUUUGCAGCGGUUAUCAUGCGUAUCAGAGAACCAAAGACCACUGCCCUCAUUUUCAAGAGUGGAAAGAUGGUCUGCACCGGUGCCAAGUCAGAGGAAGCUUCCAAGCUUGCCGCAAGAAAAUACGCUAGAAUCAUUCAAAAGCUAGAUUUCCCAGCACAGUUUACCGACUUUAAGAUUCAAAACAUCGUUGGUUCCUGUGAUGUUAAAUUCCCAAUUAAAUUAGAAAUGUUAAAUAAUACUCACAAUUCUUUUACAAAUGUCAGAGAAGAAAUCUAUGAAGCAUUUGAAAAUAUUUAUCCAGUGCUUACCACAUACAAAAAACAAGUGACUGCUCCCCCUGCCGAAAAAGAAAAGAAAGGAAGCAACAGCACCGUUAGCACUCCUGCUAUCAAUUAA